CUGUUGCAAAUGUAGUUAAGUGAAAAGUACAUUUUUCUAAGAUGUCUACCCUUAAUUAUUAUUGUUAUCAAGUUAAGUAAAGAACAAAUCUGGGGCUCAGAAGUGUUUGCAUAUGGGGCUAGUACCUGUUACAGGUAAUUCCCAGUGAUGAGUGACGUCCAGGUUCACUCCUCCCACCAGUCUCUGAGCGAGCGGUGUCAAUCGACUACAAAUAAAAAGUGUUUCCGGUAGCGUUCAAAAUAAACUACCAGUUACAGACACAAUGACUCGUGUAAAUCAGUGUACCAAACUGUAAAUAUAUUAGAAAAUUUAUGGAUAAUAAACAGUAAACUUAAGAAAUUUAAUCAUGGCCAUGCCAGCGUAAUGUAUUUUGCAUCAGUGGGACACACAUGCUUUUACUUUGAAUGCAAACCUUGCUCUAUUCCGGUAUUUUUCUGGCUUUCUCUUGUGUGUCUUGAAGUUGUGUGCAAUGAGGGUGGUGUGGGAUUUCACCGCCUCACUCCGUUGUUUGUGCUGCUCGGUGCGCGCUAAUGCGAGACUAACGGAGCAGAGGUCAGCACGGCAGCACUCUCUGUUAGGGAGCAACGGGAAACCCUCUUGAAAGUUUUAGAUGGAUCUAGAGUGCUCAGUGUAAAGUGACCGCAACUCCAGGACGUGGUGGGAUUUUUCGCGAGAUGAGAGCCACCAGGGGCCGCGCGCACUGGGGACAUCCAGGGCGCCGGUAGUGUGCACCCACUGAAACCGCAGCGGUGGGAGGGUGGCAGGCAGGCGGACGGGCUCACGGUGGGAUCGGAAGCCUACUGAUGACAAAGCAUUUGACCCGACCGAUGAAUAACUCGGCAGGAGAUUUCGCCCGAGUGCCAACAUGAUCUCCGCGUUUUUCCCUCUGAAGAAACUGCGGCGCAACAGCAAAUAUCUUCUGUUCGGGGCGAUUCUGCUGGUCGGAGUUGUGGCCGUCUACCAUGAGAUGGUUGCUGCAAAAGCGUGGAGCAGUGAUAGCAGUAUGAAUCCUGACAGCAGCAGCUGGAGGAGAGCCAUGUUUGACGAAAGGGUCAGAAGGGACCAUCAACUAGAGCCUGCUUGGAGAUCAAGCUACACUCCACAAACCUGGAAACCAGAGUAUAAGGGACAGGCCAAUCUGCACGUCUUUGAGGACUGGUGUGGCAGUUCUAUAGCUGACCUAUGCAGAAACAUGCACUAUCCGCUGUAUCCCCAUUCCAGGACUACGGUCCGGAAGCUGGCCGUCUCUCCUCAGUGGACCAACUACGGGCUCAGGAUAUUUGGUUAUUUACAUCCAUAUACUGACGGAGAGUUUGUGUUUGCUUUGAGCUCUGAUGACAACUCUGAGUUUUGGCUCAGCACAGAUGACUCUCCCCUCAAUGUGCAGUUAUUGUCAUGGGUUGGAAAGACUGGCACAGAGUGGACUGCCCCGGGUGAGUUUGAUAAGUAUGCCAGUCAGACCUCCAGAUCGGUUUGGCUGUCUGCUCAGAGGAGGUACUUUUUUGAAAUUAUCCACAAGCAAAAUGAUAGAGGGACUGACCACGUGGAACUGGCGUGGCAGCUCCUGGACAGAGGAUUUAGGUUCAUGGUUAUUGAAUCCAAACACAUCUCCCUCUAUGUUAAUGAGUCUGCCUUGUUACUGAACGAUGUUGCCCACAUACCACAGACGGCUGCAAGCCACCAGCACACCCCCACAAAACAGCGUGAUGCCACAGCGGACAUGCUGAGGGAAGAGCCGCGAGACACUCUCUACCAAGUGCCUUUAAUAAACAGCAAGUUCCUACAAGGGCUUCUGCCUGAUUGUUUGUACAAGCCCAGCUACACCAUCAAAGACUUUCCUCUGCUCCGCUACCAAGGACUGCAGUUUGUCCGCAUGUCCUACGUCUACCCCAAUGACUACACCCGACUCACACACAUGGAGACACAGAACAGCUGCUUUUACCCCGAGAGCCCCUACUACAUGAAGAUGUUUGGUUUCUCCAGAUAUAUGAGACUGGACCGUUCUGAUACACAGGGAAAAGGAAACGCAGGCAGAGAUUUUGGUUUCCAGAAGAGGAAUUCAGUGCUAGAAGAGGAGGAGGAGGAGUUUGACAAUGAAGCCUAUCUAAGAGAAAAGGAAAUCAGACUGGACCAGAUAGAUAAUGCCCUCUUUCCAGACUAUGGGGACGACUAUGACGAUUAUGCUCAGAAACGCAGGCGUAAGCUCUUCUCCUUAGUCACGCAAGAAACUGACAACAUACUGAAGAACACUUCUGACACAAGACGACACAUAGAUGAGUUGCAGAGAAGGCAAGGGCAAGACAAUGUCCUUCAGCCUCAGAAAUCAGUUGAGCCUCUGCAAUCAGUGCCAACACAAGCCACGAAACAUCACCUGCACCAGCAACAAAACCAGACAGCGUUAAAGCCAGAGGCACAGGUUGAAAAAAUAGAACAGAUAAAACCAAAAGUAAAGUUAAGACCAGCAAAGAGACAAAUGGUCACAUCAGUAGAGACAGCUGUGAGACCAGAACAGACAAAUCCAUUGAUGCCAGUGGACAAACAGCAGCUUAAAGCAAAGGAAGGACCAGUUGUCUUGCCCGAGCAGCUAAGUCAUAAACAGCACCGUAGGCAGAGGUCCCAUAAAAUGAACCAUACCCAAAUUCAAAGACUCAAAGACACAAAGCCUCAACAAUUAAAGAGAGAUGCUUAUCUGCCUGAAAAACCCACAGUGGCCAAGCAGCAAUUUGAAACCAGAGACAAGCGUCGUACUACUCCCAAAAGAGACCGCCCUUUAGUCAGGCCAAAUCAGAGAGACACAGAUGUCAAAAAACACCUCAGGGAUAAGGAGAUAGAACUGAAUAUGCCUCUACAGCAGGAUUUAGAAAAUACCAUCCACAGAGGGAAGAUGGUCACAAAAAGAAAAACAGUGAAAAAGCAGUCAGAUACGAAAGGAGAGGAGAACCAAGCAGGGGAAGGGGAUGAUGUUCACAACGUGGAUUUAAGCAGGAAAAACUCUUUAUGGGGACCAGGAGAAGACUUUGAAGGUACAGAUGACGAGGACCUUACCCCAGCACCAGUGUUUGACACUGAGAUCAACUGGAGCCAGACCUUCCAGGUCAGCCCCCUGGACCUUCAGGCACACCGCUUAGAUUGGAUUGACCUGCACUGCAACAUCUCAGGCAAUCUGCUGCUGCACUCCAGUGACGCUCUGCCCGUGGUCGAGGCUUUCAUGGAACAACUCAACAAAAAGCACCACGGGAAAUUCUCAUUGGUCCGUGUAGUUAACGUGGUCAAGCGUGUGGACGGCGUCCAGGGCAGCCGCUACCUCCUCGAGCUGGAGCUGAAAGAUGUGAACGGUCAGCUGCUGCGCCUGUCGCACUACAUCUACACUCUGAUUCGCUACAGCAGGCAACGCAGCAAAGAGUUUGGUUUCCAGCGGCCAAAACCUCAGCUGGUGCUGUGCAACCCAGUGGGCUUCCGCUGGAAUCCGGAUGCCACGGUCCACUUCAUUGUACCUGUGAAAAACCAGGCUCGGUGGGUGCAGCAGCUGAUUGCUGACAUGGAGCAACUGUUCAGAGAAACCCGAGACAGCAACUUCAAUCUAAUCAUCGUCGACUACAACAGCACUGACAUGGACGUCAGGAAGGCUCUAGAGAAAUCCUCACUCCCUAGGUACGAAUACAUGAAGCUGAGUGGAAACUUUGAGCGCUCGGCCGGUCUGCAAGCAGGUGUCGACCUUAUAAAUGACGACCACAGCAUUGUGUUUCUUUGUGACCUCCACAUCCAUUUCCCUUCCUCCAUCAUCGAUACCAUCAGGAAGCACUGUGUGGAGGGGUACAUGGCCUUUGCUCCAAUAGUCCUAAGACUGGACUGCGGGGCUACGCCAUUAGACGCCAGAGGUUUCUGGGAGGUCAAUGGCUUUGGUCUGCUGGGGAUCUAUAAGUCAGAUCUGGACGCAGUGGGUGGAAUGAACACCAGGGAAUUCAGAGAUCGCUGGGGAGGAGAAGACUGGGAGCUCCUCGACAGGAUCCUCCAGGCCGGACUGGAAGUGGAGAGGAUCUACUUGAGGAACUUCUUCCACCACUAUCACUCCAAACGUGGCAUGUGGAACCGGCAGAUGUUGCGCAAACACAGGUGACCUUGACACCUGCCGCUGUGCCACGACCACGGUUGCCAUGGUUACAACCACGGCAACCAGAGCACUUUAAGGUUGGAGCAUUAUCCCUCUUACAUAAUGGUAAUACCUGCUGACCAACAGAGAGGGUGACAUAGGAUGCUGACUCAUGAUUGGAUACUGUCUUCAGUCACUUGUGAAGGAGAUACUACUGAUGUGCUCAGAGUUUAUUUCACUGGAUGCACUGUUGACUGCUUAGAGGGUACUCAUCAAUAUGUGCCACUGACUUCACAAUAUCACAUAUGAAGAUACUGACCUGCACCAUGAUGAUCUGGCUGCAAGGAACUGCCCUGAUCCAAAGACAAAACAUUAAUUAAAUGAUAGCUCACACUCCAAGAAUGUGUACACACAAGUGGCCUACAUCAUAAUGAUCAGAAGUCUUGCACAUGAGUCUUAACUGGUGAAAAAAUUGUUUGUUUUGUUUGUGACAAAAUGAAAUACACGUAUUUCACUGCAGAUUGUGUUCAUGGUAAACACAGCCUUAUUUGUCAUGUUGUAAAUUAUGAAAAACUUUAUAUUUAUUUUAUCAAUGUUUGUGGGUUGUUGUUUUUUUCAGUUAAAUGUUACUUGUAGAUACAGACAAUAACAUUUCACAAAAGUGUACCUCAGUUUGGAGCCCUCCACUAAUAAGUGUGCCUUAUGUUUUUUUUUUGUCAGGAAAGCUUAAACUUAAACUGGAAUACUAAUUGAAUAUUUAAGUGAAUUUUCAUGCUUUCUGCAUUUAGUUUAAUCUGAGAAGAAUAGUCAAUUUAAAAAAAAAACAGCGAUUAGGAUUUCGAGAGGUAUGUUUGUGAUGCUCAGUGCAUCACAAUUGACAGUUUUGAAUAUGUUUCUUAUUUCUGCCACUUCCCUGCACUGCCACCAAAGAUAAUAGCUCAAAGUUGAGUCUACUUUUUUUUCACGUGCAGAAAAAUCAAAUUAAAAGGUUUUGUCUUUUGAUGUGACAGACUAUUGAAGUGUCUGUGUAAAUAUAGCAAGGGCAAUUUUGGUCAGUAACUAGUUUUACUGUAAUUUCAUGUUAUUUCAUGUUAUUUUUAUUGAUCAACCUGCUGAAUUCCGUAGUUGUUUUUCAAAAGAAUAACUGUUUUGUUGAAUUUCAAAAAGCUACGUUUGUUUCACCUCAGCCUAUGAAGCUUCCCCUUCUAAUAGUGGGAGUUAUUGUUUUCACUGCCAGCACAGUAAAACCAGACAGGAAAUGUAGUGGGUGAAAAGUGAUCUUGUGUAUUUAUCAUUUUGUUUUGUGGUAUUUAAGAUACGACUAAUGGCAGCAUUUUUAUGAUUGUUCACAUUCCAAUUUAACAGACUUGUUGUGCCUUUCUUAGUGUAUUGAAAUUGAUACACGUUACACUUGACAAACUAUUUCACCUUUAAAACACAACAGAAGUCUGGUGUGAUGCCUGGCUUGGUUGCUGGUUUUGGUUUGGUUAAAAUGUUAGAUGUUUUCCCGUCAUCCUUUACCGCUCCUUCAUGUCUUACUUUGUUGUUUUUAGAUAUACCUCAUCCCUCUCUCUGUGCUGGGAGUUAACUUCUGCUUUAAUGUACAGUUCUGCAGUCUCCUCUCAGGGACGGUUUUGCUUUCAUGUUACACUUGACAAAUCAGAGGAAUAAAUUUCUUCAUUUCA